GAGUAGCCCUUAUGGAUGACCAGUGUCAACUGACCGAUGGCUUGAUGAGUCCAAAGUCAAUCAAAAUUGAGGGUUGUGCAAUUUCACAUUCUGGACUUGCCGCUUUGGCAGCUGCCGCUGCUGACGAAACGGCUCAAAUUCCGACCAACUCCAACAACAAGCAUACUAACCGUAAGACAGGGGCUGAUAUGAAAAUAUUUCUUAGUUAUCUUCUGUCUGUUAACGAAAACAGAUCACCUCAAAAUAUACCCGAGGUGGAACUGGACAAACAUCUCUGUAAUUUCUUCAUGAUUGUGAAAAAGACGGAUAAAACUGAGUAUGAACCUUGCAGUUUGCGGUCGAUGAUGGCGAGCAUUGAAAGGUUCCUCAAAAUCAACGGUUAUCCAUCAUCGCUUACCAGAGAUUCUUGUUUCGCGAAUACUCGAUACACCUUGAAAUUGAAACAAAAGGUACUCAGAGAGAUGGGAAAAGGAUCGAAGCCCCAAUCACCACACAGCAUCGCUAGCUUAAAAGACAAGACACUGGACAGGCUUUUUGAGGCGCGUGAAAUGGGGCCAUACAGUCCUACUUCCGUCGUUCAAACCUUGUGUUUCGUGUUCGUCGUGUACCUCAGACUCAAAAAAGCGACAGAGCACAAGAAACUGUUGUGGGGUGAUGUGAUUUUAGACAGAGACCAAAAUGGUAGAGAAUAUAUAACAUUUUCUGACCAGAUGCUGCAGAGGUGCACGUUACAGUAUCUUAAGCAGUGCCAACCCGUGGUAUACGCACUACCGGACUCCCCAGAGCGAGAUCCAGUCAGAAUAUAUAAACUGUAUGCGUCAAAACGGAUAUCUACCAUGAAUUACCCCUACGCACCAUUCUAUUUAGGAAUCAAUGUAUUCAAUCCCGCCGAUAAUCAAUCCUGGUAUAAAAAUAUCGCCAUGGGAAUAAAUAAACUUAAUGACAUGGUGAGACAGGUGCGUGAAAUCACGGGAGUCACUCCAACCCAGCAGACGACCGAUGACGUAAAUGAAACGCCACAAGAUCUGUCUCUUACGUCAUCAGAAAGGAAUUCCCGCCAUUCCACACCUGAGCCCCACCUUGGCUCAAAUAAUGCGUUUCAAAUUUAUAAAGAUUUCGAUUUAAAUGACAGUGUACAGGACAAUGACAUGUCUGAUAAUAACUCAAUCAAAAACGAAAAUUUACAAAAUUUACAAAGUUAUCGCAGUUCUCAGAGAAUGCUUUCAUAUCAGCCAAUAUAUGGUCCUAACAUUGCCAAUUCUCUGCAUUUGGAAAACCCCAGUACCUUUAAAGUGGAGCCUGGUUUAGACAGUUGUGAUGCUAUGACAGAUGUUGACGAUGACGAUGACUCGAAGUCUGGCAGCUCUUCUGAUGGUAAUGACGUUGGUGAUAAAGUGGUAGAGGUAGAGAAGGGUGAUCAGCUUGAAACAGAAGUUCAAUCAACAAAAGAAGAAUCAUCACCCGCAAAGAUAUCAUUCUUGGACGCUCAAAGAAAAUUUGAAAUGUUGCUUAAUCAACUGGAGGCACAAGAGCUUACAAAAUUCAAACACUGGUUCAAAAAUAUAGAUAUAAUUACAGACAUCGAAACAGGUAUUUUGGUUUGCAAAGAAAGACAAGAAUGUAAAAAUGAAACAACCUCCUCAGUAAAAGAACAACAAAUAGUUCUUAAUAUCACAUUAUCUAACAAAUCAUUUAGAGGUGAGCAACCGGUUACUGUAACGGCCACCACUAAAUUGGUUGAAGUGGGAUCACAAGAAGAUGCCACCAUGUGUUCCAUGUUGAAGAUGAAGAAAAGACUUUCAAGUGAUGAUGGUGACUACAGUGCAUCACGUGGUGAUGAUCUGACAGAUUUAUCUGAUGGCAAGAAACAGAAAUUAGAUAACAAUAAAUGAUUAAGAUAC